GCUAAAUGAAAGAGGUUCUUCCUGGAGGAAGUGACUGUUCUUUUUUUGUCAUGUUUUGUUUUGUCCCAGAACAGCGAUAAAACACGCACGGAACCGUCAGGUGAUAUUUCAUUCUUAUGACAAAACAGUUGGUAUGAGCUUGGUUAGGUUGUGGAGGGAAGAAUAUUUUUAUCCGAAAUUGGUUGAAUUCGGAAAUCUUUCAAAUGUUUGCUUUGUGGUAAUAAAACUUUUAUGUAAAUUCAAGUUUGUUCAAGUGUUAUUUCGUCCAUUAGUAUUUCGCCGUUUUAAGAACACAAGAAAGAUGGUUUAUCGUUGUUGCGUCAAAUGGUGCUAUACUAGAUGCGGUGAUGAUAUACCAAUGAGAAAAUUUCCUCCGGUUGAUUCUCCAUUGUUCGAGCAAUGGAAAAAUGCUACGAUGAAUGAUUCAUUGAAAAAGAUGGAUAAUCACCGUAUACAGAAAAUAAAGAGGGUUUGUAAUCGUCAUUUCACUGAAAAAUACAGAAGGAAGCCUUGCUUUUUUAAAUAUGAUUUUCCUAUGUUGACGGAAAAUAUUUUCGAUUUUGGAAUUAAUAUUCUUGAUGAUGAGGAUAGGAAGAGGAUUUUUGGUGACAAUGCUCAUAAUUUAGAUCACUCCUUUUCUAAAACAGAUGAAGUUAAGUCUGAAGAAUUAAGAAUUGUUGAUAGUGAUAGAGCUGUUGAUAAAAAUCUUAUUUAUUUAGAUCACUCCUAUUGUAGAACAGUAAAAGUUGAAUCUGGAGAGAUGAGUAUUGUUGACAACAGUGAUAGAGCUAUUGACAACAGUGUUAAUAAUUUAGAUGACUCCCAUUGUGAAACAGUAAAAGUCAAAUCUGAAGAGAUGAGUGUUGCUGUCGACACAGAUAGAGAUGAAUGGGAAUCAGAAGAAGAAGAAGAUGAAAGUGAUUAUGAAUUUAAUGGUGAUUUAACAAUUAAUAAAGAAGAAAUAUUAAUAAGCAGAAAAUUGGAUGGAUCAUAUAUGAGUAUUGCCUGA